AUGGGGAGCCAGAUCCACCCUGUGGUGAAGAAACCAGUGCCUCAGGAGGCGGCUGCCUCCGUGUUUCCAGUAACUCCCCCGGCCCCUUCCAUACGGAAGGUUGAGGAGGAGGAUGAUUACCCCUACGAUCGUCUUUCUCCUCCCCCGCCCUACCCAACUGCCCCGCCUGCGGUUCGGCCUGGAGAGCCAUCACAGGGACCGUCAGGGAUGCUUUCUCCCGGUUCCCUCGCCAGGCAGACCAUACAGUUUGUCCAACAGGUUAUGGGAAUGUCCCCUACUUGGGACUCCGGGGGUCAGCCAUCCACCCCAUCUGGGGCAUCCACCCUGUCGGGGACAGGGACCUCUCCCGGUUCCCUGGAGACAUCGGGGUCGUCCCCUCAGGGCGCCAUCACCCCUCCAGAGGAGGAGGAGAGUGAUGACUCAGAUGCAGGGGACACUGCAGGGUCCACUCCUCAGAGACCAAUCAGGACCACGAGGGGAAGACAGCCUCAGAGAUUGGGGGCUGUGCAGUGUCCGCUAAGGGCAGUGCCUAUGGGACAAAGACUGGUUUUAGUCCAUACCCCCUUUUCCACUUCUGACCUUCAUAACUGGAGACAGGGGCUUCCGCCGUAUCGGGAAAGCCCCCAGAAGUAUGUGGAUCUGGUGGGUCAGAUAAUUUCCACCCACCGGCCCCACAUCCCUGACCUCUUCACUCUCCUUACUAGCCUUCUGAGUGAAGAUGAACUCCGCCAGGUGCUGAAGGAGGCCCAUGCGUCCUAUGCUGCCUGGAGAGGGGAGCAGGUUGCCCAGGGGCGCUAUGAUGCGGGCAACUUGCCAGAACCUCUGGCAUUGAUCAGCCCUAACCCACCAGAGCCUGCAACCGACCCUAACAAUGAGUUGGGGAAUGUCUUGAUCAUGGCAGCACGAACUGCCGUCUUGGACGGACUCCGGAAAGGAGUCCCAAAAGCUAUUAACUUCCAUAGAGUGUAUGAAGCGAUACAGGGACCCCAGGAGUCCCCCACGGAAUUCCUAGUGCGUCUGAAGGAUGCCUUCCGUCGCUUCACAGACCUGGACCCAGAGGCUCCGGGAAAUGAGGCGGCUAUAAAAACAGCCUUUAUUGGCCAGUCAGCCCCAGACAUUCGGAAGAAGUUGCAGAAACUGACAGCCCCAUCCGCCCAACCCAUGGAAACCCUCAUACAGACUGCCUUCCAAGUGUUCCAUCAGAGGGGGGAGAUGGAGGAAGUGAAAGAGGACCAGAAGAUGCAGAAACAGGCCGCCCUGUUGGCAGCGGCCCUGCAACCACAAACUGCCUUGUUGGCAGCAGCCUUGCAGCCCGCCCCCGGCCAGUCAAGACAAAAUUAUGGGAACCCCCAGCCCCGGUUUCAUUCCUCGAGGGCAAACGGGCGAAGCCCAGGAGGAAACUCGGGUCCGUGCUUCAAAUGUGGCCAAAUAGGCCACUGGAAGAAUGAGUGCCCCAACCAACAGAGGGAGAAUUAUGCCACCUUCUAUCCAGGGGAGAGAAAAGAGGGACUCUCUUUGUCCUUCCCACCUGAAACUGCUUACAUCUGUUAUCUGGAACCCACACUUGGUCCCGAGCCCGCGGAGUGGAGGGAGGUAGACCCUGAGGUCUGGUAUACAGGGACACCAGGAUUGGCCAAAUAUGCAACCCCUCAUCAAGUCCCACUGAAACCAGGGGCAUGCCCAAUUUCCGUGCGGCAGUACCCUCUCAAAAGGGAGGCCCGCAUUGGACUCCAGCCUAUAAUUCAGGCUUUCUUAGAGGCCGAUCUGCUGAUGCCAGUGUCCAGCCCAUGGUGUACACCCAUCCUUCCCGUACCAAAGUCGGAUGGAUCAUGGCGGUUUGUGCAGGACCUUAGGGAAGUAAAUGCCCGAACACUCCGACUGCACCCAAUGGUAGCCAAUCCCCACACCAUUUUGACCACCCUAACCAGAGAUCAAACUUGGUACGUGGUAGUGGACCUGAAGGAUGCUUUUUUCUGUGUUCCCUUGGCCCAGGAGUCACAGCCCAUCUUUGCAUUUGAAUGGUUAGAUCCUGAUGGUCCCAUAUCCCAUAAAAACCAGUUCUCCUGGAAGAGGAUCCCGCAGGGUUACUCUAACUCGCCUUCCGCCUUUCAGCGGGCUCUGUCCGCUGAUUUGAGCCAUUUCCAGCCACCCGCAGUGACCAUCUUGCAAUAUGUGGAUGAUCUUUUGGUCGCAGCGAAAACGGCGGACGAAGCGUCCGCACAAUCGGUGGCAUUAUUAAAUCACUUGGGUUCCUGUGGGUACAAAGUUUCCAAGUCAAAAAUCCAGUGGGUAUCCCAAAAGGUCCGGUAUUUGGGUUAUGUUUUGGAAAAAGGUACUCGGUACCUGCAUCCAUCCCGUAUCCAAGCGUUGAAUGAUUUAAAUCCUCCCCAAAAUGUGCAGGAGCUCCGUAGUUUUCUGGGAAUUGCAGGAUAUGGGCGACUGUGGGUCCCCGGGUUCUCUGUCUUGUCAAAGCCUCUGUAUGAAUUGACAGCCUUAAAUAUGGCUUGGGAAUGGACGGGCACCCACCAAAGGGCGUGGGAAGCUAUCCGGUCUGCUCUAGCCUCUGCAGCAGCCCUGGCAUUACCCGACCGGACUUUGCCCUUUGAGCUAUUUGUACACGAGAAACAAGGAGUGGCCCUGGCUGUUCUUACCCAGACCGUGGGUCCGGCCAGGAUGCCAGUAGCCUAUUUCUCCAAAAAUUUAGACAGCCCAGUCAAGGGGUGGCCAGCCUGCUUGCGGGCCAUUGCGGCAGCGGCAACGAUGGUUGAAGAGGCUUUAAAAAUCUCUGCAGGGAGCCCGAUACAUGUACAGUCCCCUCAUUCUGUGGCUGCUCUCCUGGAUCAAAAACUACCGGCCUGGGCGACCUCAGCCAGACUUACUCGCUAUGUGUCUAUUCUCUUGGAAAAUGACUCAGUGUCCUUACACAAAUCUAACUGCCUCAAUCCGGCUACCCUGCUCCCUUUGCCAGCUGUCACCCCUGUCCAUGACUGCCUUAGAGUCUUGGCAGAGACGGUGGGUAUACGUCCUGAUCUCAGGAUGGAGCCCAUUGUUGAUCCAGACCUCUCCCUGUGGACAGAUGGGUCUUCUUUUGUCCUCAACGGACAAAGGUAUACAGGGUAUGCUGUGGUCACUGAGGAACACCCAGUAAUCUUAAAAAGACUGCCCCCACAGUGUUCUGCUCAAGUGGCCAAACUUGAAGCCCUGAUCGCUGCUGCCACCUACUGCCAGGGAAUUCGAGUGAAUAUCUACACUGACAGCCGAUACUCAUUCCUGGCCGCACACACCCAUGCUUCCUUAUGGAAGGCUAGGGGCUUUAGGGGUGCAGAUGGAAAAACCUUAAAAAUGAAGCCGCUUCUGGAAAGACUUUUCUCGGCCCUUCUGCUGCCCUCAGAAAUAGCUGUGAUUCACUGCAGGGGGCAUCAGACAGAUGAUGGCCCCGUGACACGGGGAAAUCGCCUGGCUGACACCUGUGCCCGACACGCGGCGCAAAUGGAAAGGGAGGAGGUGGUUCAGGAGGUUUGCAAAUUGUUAGACAUCCCGUGGUUUCUGCACUCUGCAUAUCACCCAGAGUCCUCCGCGAAGGUUGAAAGAAUGAAUCAAAGCCUGAAGAUUAAUAUUGCCAAGCUGUGUCAGGAAACUAAUCUGAAAUGGCCUAAGGUCUUACCCUUGGCCUUGACCCGGGUCCGAGCGGCCCCAUCCUCUCGACUGGGAUUGUCCCCAUUCGAGCUGGUGUAUGGCCACCCUUUUGUUGCCUCGGAGCUGAUGGACCCUCCCGAAACCACCCAGGCAUACCUUAGAAAACUCGUAGGGGAUCUGUCUGCUUUAUCUCUCCAGGUCUCAGCAGCCUUGCCGGUGCGCCCAGAUCUACCCACUACGGUGCACCCGGGGGAUUGGGUCCUGGUGAAGGAACUACAUCCCAAUUGCACUGAGCCCAAGUGGUCAGAGCCAAAGCAGGUCCUUCUCAGCACACCCACAGCAGCAAGGGUCGAAGGGUUGAAAGCCUGGGUCCAUAUCUCCCGCCUGAAGCCAGUCCCAGCACCAGCAGACGAGUGGGCGUGUGAGCAGUUAGGCCCGUUACGCCUAAAGAUCCAGCGCCACACCCAGAGUUCUCCACCCCCAAGAAGUCAGGAGGCGGCAGUCUUGCAUACCGGGAGGACCGUUCCUGUCCACACCGACCUCCCUGCAGACCCAGACGAACAACUGGACUUCGUAUAUAUCGGGGACGGCAAAUUCAUUGAUGUAACUGAUGUUGAUGGGUGUUGA